AGAACAUUCAAACCGGGUCUGUUUAGUAAAAUGAAGGAAUAAAAAAAUAUUCUCCGAAGAUGCUUCUCCUCCUCUCUAUAAAAGAAGGGGUGCCCUCAAAGUUAAGGGGAGGCCAAAUCACUUUCUCCCCUGCCCACUAUACUUUCUCUCUCUAGCAUUUUAUAGUUUUUGUUCUUCAAUAAGCUUUUAAGCUUCCAUUAAUGACUUCCGAGCCCGAUUCUUGUACCGUGUACACAUCCCCGAUAUCAAUAAAAAUCCCCCGUUGGCAAGGUACCGCCAAAAAAGGCCCGUGGUUUUCUCCCGACUUGGGUUUCCACGUAAAAAUUCCCGUGUUUAUAGUUUGGUGUAUUUUUUAGACUAGUUUAUCGUUUUUGCCGGGCUAAAACGAUAUACCGGUCGAUAAUUUACACCAUCAUUUUGGCGCCGACUGUGGGACUAGAACAAAAGGCUCUGUUUUUGUUCGGCCAUCCUACACAACCUAUACUAUCCUACCAACAAAAGCAAAAAAAGAGAGGAGAGUUUUUGAGUGUCAAAGAGAGAAACUCCCAGAAAAAUUGCCAAUUAAUGUUUAGCCUAUAUGAACACAUAGCAGGUGCUCUAUUCUUAUGUUUUACAAAAACUAAUGGGAGAAAAAGAGCAUCAGGUUGAUGCGGCUAAAGCAAAGCACUCCCAUAGCUUUUAGCUAAUGUUCUUCAUCGCUAGCUAUGGCCAAAAUCUACCAUCAACGCACCACCAAUGUCGUCGCCAUUACAGUAGAGGACCAUUGGGGCAAUCGAUGAAGCCUUCAUCGUUGUUGAAAUGGAGAAGAAGAUGGCUACAUUGCAGCCACAAUGUAAUCGGCAUGGUUGCGCUGUACGGGCCAAAUAUAUCAACGCUCUUAUUUGUUGCCGCCUGAAUUGAGAUCCCUUAGAAUCUGCUUUGCUAAGACAUCACCGUUGAGGUCAACCACCACCAAUUGGAUCAAUCUCUGUUCGAUUACAUUGACAUGGCCUCUGGAAAACGCCGCCAAAGUUGAUGAAUAGGGGCCGGUUGUCGCUGGAGGACUUGUCCCACAAGUCUCCGGUUGCAAAAGACAGGUCCACCUACAGGCGUCGUCGCUGAAAGGCACCAUGCCGCCGCCACUGUUGGAGUCCCCGCCACCGUUUUUGAUCCUCACGGCCGCUGCAAUGUUUCCAUUGAAGCCAUCCAACCACGGAAGACUCCAAUUUCUACUCAAUUUCGUAGCUGACACUCCCACCGCUGGAAUCUGGUCAUUUUCGCACUUCAAACCAACCGCCGCUGCUCAGGUUCGCCGCCGCCGAUGCUCAGACUCGCCGCCGACCACUGCAAGAACUUCCGCUACUUUCGAGGUUGAAGAGGAAGAAGUAGGGUCGGCUACAUAUUCACGCCUCCCUUUGAUUCCUCUCGAGGAGGAAGAAGACAAACACGGAGGAGCAACGCAACCGGCCAAAAAAAGAAAAAGACAGAGGAAACUGCGCCGAAGGAGGAAAGAGAUAUCAUCCAAUUUUUCCUUGGAAAUGCCUUAGUGGAGGCAUGUGUUGAUGGGCUUUGCUCUUUCUAUCUUUUCUCUUGUCCUCACGACAGGAUUUGAUCAACAAGGAGGUGGCCCUGUAUGGUCAUCUCAAACGAAAAAAGAGAUAUGGAAAGCUGCCAGCCAAGAAAAUGAAACAUAAGCUUUGGUCCAAAAAAAUCCAGUGGGCUAUGCGGGGUGACUCCCUCAUUUAUCUUCACAGUGGAUCCCACCACUUAAUUAUGUUUGGUGGGAGAGCAUACAUUGAAUACUACGGAAGUAAUUCCUCACUUAUUUCUCAAGGGGGGCCCACCACCAACAUUUGGUGGAAUGAGUUAGCAUUAUGGAGCAAUAAUUUGGGUAUUUGCACAUAUCUUUUGGACGAGUUCGGAGGGAAGAUUGGGACACAGGCCCGGACCUGGUACGCAGGUUACUACACCGGUCUUGCUCAGUAUAAAAUAAAAAAAUAUUAAACCCGGAAGAGGGUAUGCCUGCAAGAGGGCUGGACCUGGAAGAACGUUCGAACCGUACUUACACGGGCCCAUGAGGUUUGACCGGUAUCGGGGAAUCAGCCGAGACUGGCAAACUGAUUGGGGACUAAAAGAUGCCCAUUAAAAGAAAUAGAAGAGGGAUCGUCCACCAUGGCGCAUCCUAUUUCCCCCUUCUCAGGGAAGACUUGAAUGGGGGGUGAGCUAAGGCCUUCCCGGGAUAGUAAAUAUCAAAGGGCCAUUAAAAGACUUAAUCACCCGGAAGAGGGGGCCCUGGAAGAAGGGUGCAUUUUGGGCUUGGAGAGGGCUCGAAACCAUCCGACAUGGUUAAUUCUCCAAUGUUGAUCUGGCUCGGCCAGCAGCAUUAUCUUAUUGGAAGACUGAAACACAUGCCUGGCCUGGCAUGCUGGUUACUACACCGGUCUUGCUCAGUAUAAUAAAGAAAAUAUGUGACCCAGUCGAACUGGUACACUGGUUUCACACCAGUCUUACACAUAUUUUCCAAUAAGCCUGAGCCCAAUCGAAUUGGGUACACCGAUUGCACAUCGGUUUCAGCAAAAAAGUGAGCAAAGCUCAUAUCGGGGACGCCCAAUUCAUUUAAGCCCUCAAUCUGAGGCACUUUGAUCGAAGAUGGUCUCCGCGAGACAUGAAGAUAUUUACAUCAGUCAGCCGGGCUAACACUGAUCUUCAACAAAGCUACCGCGUCGGAUUCAAUUCUUAUUAACUAAGGUCGUUGUCAUUGGUAUACUAAUUUCGUCACGCAUCGUUUGCUUGACUCGUAUUAACACCGACCUCGACGAAAUAACUUUUCGAAGCAUCGUUGCUUUAUCGAACUGACAUUGCUCUCGUUACGAUAAUUAUUCGCGCAAAUCUUAAUCAUCUAACACUGAGCUCCUCGGUAAAAAUAAUAAUUUUUUGAGCACGGCAUAGGCCGGUCAAAAAAAAAUGUUGUACAAAUUACUUUUUGCAGGAAAAAACUUCUGAUUCAAGAAAUUAGAGAAUUAAUGAAGACUCGGAGGACUAGCAAUAAUAUCUACCGGUCAAGAAUUCAAAGUACGAAGACAGAAGAUCAUACUCGGAGGACUUGUUUACUUUUUUAAGUUGAUGAUUCUCACAACUCAAAAAAGUGGAAGACUUCUUGAUGGGAAAUAAUACGUGGCUCGGCCCACAUUUCCCAAUUAUUUACGAAAAACAGUCAAACCGGGUCUGUUUAGUAAAAUGAAGGAAUAAAAGAAUAUUCCUCCGAAGAUGCUUCUCCUCCUCCCUAUAAAAGAAGGGGUGCCCUCAAAGUUAAGGGGAGGCCAAAUCACUUUCUCCCCUGCCCACUAUACUUUCUCUCUCUAGCAUUUUAUAGUUUUUGUUUUUCAAUAAGCUUUUAAGCUUCCAUUAAUGGCUUCCGAGCCCGAUUCUUGUACCGUGUACACACCCCCGAUAUCAAUAAAAAUCCCCCGUUGGCAAGGUACCGCCAAAAAAGGCCCGUGGUUUUCUCCCGAUUUGGGUUUUCACGUAAAAAUCCCCGUGUUUAUAGUUUGGUGUAUUUUUUAGACUAGUUUAUCGUUUUUGCCGGGCUAAAACGAUAUACCGGUCGAUAAUUUACACCAUCAAAGACGAACAAUAGAAAUUAGCCUAAAUAGGACUAAAACAUAGAUAAAAGUACCAAAAUAGGACUUUCAUGUUUUUUUUUCUGAAAUAAUACUUUGCACUGUGGUAAUGUGACUUUGCCUUGUUGUAAUGUGACAGUGUACAUGUGCAAAUUACUAUACGUUUUUAGUAAUGUAUAUGACCAUGUAUGGUAAUGUAAGUCCUAUUUCGGGAAUAAAAACAUGGAAGUCCU